AUGUCCAAAGAAAACAAUCAUCUCAUCAACUCUUCCAAUCAUUGGAUUUUAAAUGCAGCUCUCAUCGGAUCCACAGCAAUUGCCACUACAUUAUCCGUCUAUUUCUAUCAACAAUUUAAAAAGACGGAAUCCACUCUUCAAAAAGAAAUUUCCAAUCGAAAACAUGAACGCACGGGAAGAACACGAUCCGAACAAAAAAACAGAGAGUUGGAACACAAACUAUUAAAUUUACAACAAAAGUUGGCUAAUUCAUCUCAGCCCGUAUUAUCAAUUGAAAAUAAUUCGAUCAGUACCAAAUUGGACAAUCAUACUCAAAUUUCACAAACCAAUGUUGCAUCUUUGAAUGAUAUGGAGGAACAUUUAGAAAAUAUUCCACAAUUUCCAUUUCUUCCAAUACAACCCAUUGGAUUUUUAAGAUCUGUGUACAAGACAAGAAAUGGAUGUCCUAGACAGCCCUAUUAUGUGAACAAGGGAAGAGCAACAUUAAAAUUAUUACCUCAUUGCAAUCCCUCUUCUUCACUUGAUGGAUUGGAAGAAUAUUCACAUUGUUAUAUUAUCUUUCAAUUUAAUUUAAAUACAAAUUUGACAAAAGGAGUUGUGACGGAUAGCCAAAAUGCCAUUAAGGCCAAAAUCAGACCUCCACGGCUUGGAUCUAAAAAAGUUGGCAUUUAUGCAACAAGAACUCCACAUCGAUAUAAUGCAAUUGGAUUGAGUAUUGUUGAAAUUGAUCACAUUGAUAGAGAUGGGACACUGCAUUUGAAAGGAACUGAUCUUGUGGAUGGGACUGCAGUGCUUGAUAUAAAGCCAUAUAUUGAUGGAUAUGAUAAUUUUUCCAAUGUAAAGGUUCCAGAAUGGAUCAAGGAACCAGUGGAAAGCGUUGAAAAAUAUCAAGUUGUUUUAUCAGAUGAAGCCAAACGACAACUACAAGAAGAUGUCACGCAUUUGGAAUUUUUUGAUAAGAGAACAGAAUUGGAAGAGUUUAUCGAAUUUUUAGCUCAAGUUCUCUCACACGAUAUCAGAAGUCAUAGCAAAAAGACAAGAAAUGUCGAUAAACAAGACGAGCAUGAACUGCUUGUAGAUAAGGUUAAGGUUACAUUUGUGGUGGAUGCCUCUUCGAAAGUGAGUCGUGUCAUAAAAAUUAAGAAUGUGUAG